AUGUUUGUCGAGCACCCUAUUCAGGUGCGACGCCUCCCGGGCGGCUACCACAACACACAUGACGACCUGAUUCAAGCCAUCUGCGACAAUGAACUUCAGACAGUUUCAAGCCUCUUGAAGCACAGUGGUCAACUAAACAAACACGGGUACACCGCACUGGCAGUAGCCGCGUCCAGAGGCAACUACGGAGCCUGCAAACUCCUUGUAGAGAAAGAGGCGGGCCACAAGACAAAGAUUCAAUACAAGCUCCGCAACUGGAAGUUCAAUUGCUGUUCUGCCCUGAUGAUGGCAGCCUGGCAUGGCCACACAAAUAUUGUCCAGUUGCUCGUCAAAUAUGAGGCAGGGAUGCGGGAUGGUUACUGGGGGGUGACAGCGUUGAUGGGCGCAGCCUAUACAGACCUGCUUUUAGUUUGCAAGGCAUUGAAGCCAUACGAAGUGGGCUAUCUUUCUGCCCGUGGAUACUCUGCUUUAAUGUGGGCUAUUAUGGGCGGUUCCAGAGAGUGCUUUGACUUGCUGUUAGAAGACGAAUACAUGCUAGAAGACGGAGAAGCUCUUCCAUUGGCUGUGCAACAUGAUUUUUUAUAUGGUGUAGAGGCACUAGCGCCCCUGCUGAUAGAAGUCAGCGGAAAGCGAGCUCUUCAACGUAUACCACAAACAGAACUAGGUACCUUAAUGGAGCGCGCAAUUCGGAAUUCUAUAAAGCCAGGCAUGUGGAUUUAA